GCGGGGCGGGAUGGGACCCGGGGCCCCCCAGAUGCCGUAAAGUUCCCUCGUUCGUUCCUGGGGACCUGGCGAGAGGGCAGAAGGGUUGGCUGCUACGUCGCCAAGAGUCUUCCGCGCCAGAUUAAGGUACCUCUGAUGAAACCAUGACCAGGUGGGCACGAGUUACUACCACAAAUAACAAAAGACCUUUGCGUGCAACAUCAUGGGAGGACAUGAAGAAGGGGGCCUUUGAGGGAAAAAGCCAAAAUCUACCAAAGAGUAAACAACUUGAAGGCCAUAGACUGUCCCUUAAAAGUGAUGCACCCCAAGCAAAACACAAAAAGAACAAAAAGAAGAAGGAGUACUUAAAUGAAGAUGUGAAUGGAUUCAUGGAAUACCUAAGACAAAACUCACAGGUGGUUCACAAUGGGGAGGUGAUAGCAGCAGACAGUCAGGAAGUAAGGGAAGAAAUUGCAGUUGCUUUAAAGAAAGACAGUCGUCGGGAAGGAAGACGAUUAAAAAGGCAAGCAGCAAAGAAAAAUGCAAUGGUGUGUUUCCAUUGUCGAAAGCCUGGCCAUGGGGUUGCAGAUUGCCCAGCUGCCCUUGAGAAUCAUGAUAUGGGCACUGGAAUAUGUUAUCGGUGUGGAUCCACAGAGCACGAAAUAACCAAGUGCAAGGCAAAAGUAGACCCAGCUCUUGGUGAAUUUCCUUUUGCAAAAUGUUUUGUUUGUGGGGAAAUGGGACACCUGUCCAGAUCUUGUCCUGAUAAUCCCAAAGGACUCUAUGCCGAUGGUGGUUGCUGCAGACUCUGUGGCUCUGUGGCACAUUUUCAGAAAGAUUGCCCUGAAAGUCAGAAUUCAGAUCGAACGGUCACAGUUGGUCGCUGGGCAAAAGGAAUGAGUGCAGACUACGAAGAAAUUUUGGAUGUGCCUAAACCGCAGAAACCCAAAACAAAGAUACCUAAAGUUGUUAAUUUCUGAUAAUGAUUAGUGCUAUUGUUAGUUCCCGCCUCAUUGUUAAGCAUUCUGAACUGGGACUUCUUCACAAGUUGGAGCUGGGCUCUCCCGUGGAGGCCCACAGUGUAGAUAUCAGUGUGAUCUGGGGCUUGUCACAGUUUCCUGAUUCUUUCCAUUGAGGAGUGCUUUUACCACUGUUAGGAGAAAAUCGUGGAAGAAAAGUAUAAGAUGUUUAAACUGGAUUCUCUAAAAGAACAUAUUUUUAACAGAGAGAACUUAGGUAUAACUAAGUGGUUAUAUACCUGAUUGUAACAAUCAUCUUUUUCGUAAAAACAAAAUGAUGCAUUAAUGUGAACCACCCCUAAACAAAGGGUAACUGCUUCGCAUUUAGAAAUGAAUUUUGGGUUAUAUUGUUUUCUUGGUUCAAAGUAUCAAUUUAUUAUUAUGUUAGAAAUUUAUUUAUAAACUACCACAGAAUCUGCUGUACUUUAAAAAUAUUUAAUAAAAAAUUUGGUAUUUACUUA